CUAGUCAGGUAUCAAUAGGUAGACUACCUAUUAAUAACCGAGUCGUCGUGAGUAACUCAACUUAAAUUACAGCAGGCUAGAAACAAUGCUAAGUAACCACUCUUGUAACAUUUUUAGUUAGUCUACUAACUUAGUCUAGCUUUGUUCGCCUACGACCGCAGUGACAGCGCAUGAAGGGAAUGAAAAACCGUAGAGAACGGUUCAGCAAAAAUAACCUGAUCACUUAUGAUUGUUUUGGUGGCUUGUAUUGUAGUGAAUUAAGCGGACGAUGGUCAAACAACAGAUCUUCGAUAGCUAACGAUAAUUUAUUUGUAACAUUCGCUAUUUAGUACGGUUAGUCUAAUCCUUUUUGUCAGUGUGGACAACGGUAACUUGCAUUGCCACACACAGACAGGCAACAGCCCAUUGAUCUUCCACGCUCCCAGCUUAUUUCGGCUAAUUUAUUGUUUUAUUGAUAUCUUUAUCAUGCUCACAAGCAACGAAAGAUACGUAGCUAUAUUAAUUGUGUGGUUGCUCUGUAUGUCGGUGAUCGGAAGGUGAGACAGCCCUGUGAGAAGCCCAGCUCGUUCCCCUGCGACUGCUGAACAGGACCUGUGAGCAGGUCCGGACAGCAGCUCAGCAGGGUGGAGCUUCCUGACCCAUGGAGAAUUACUUUCAGGCAGAAGCCUUCAACUUGGACAAGGUGCUGGACGAGUUUGAGCAGAACCAAGAUGAGACGGACACCCCGACGCUCUCGGACGCUAAGUGGACCCAGAUCUUGGCGCCGCCGACCCACCUGCUGUCGCUCAACCCGGCCUUGAUGCACCCGGACCUGAGCCCCCACGAGCCGCCGCUCAACUUCAAACCCUUCCCCGAGGGCCCCGGCGGGACGGGGAAGGAGCGCGACCCCGUCCCGGAGCAGCCGGCGGCGGGCCUCCGCAGCCCCCUGUCCCCCCAGCCCAACAUCGGCAAGCUGGUGAGCGGCAGCGGGCGGAGCUCUCCCCCCUGCGCCGACGGGGCGCUCCUGAGGGGGGCCCCCGACAGCCCACCUCCUCCAGCCCUGGAGAACGGCGGCCCCCCCAGCCCGGACCUCAACGGCUGCACCGAGGAGCCCCCCAAACAUGACGGGACCUCCCGGGACGCCCUUACCGCCAACCCAACUGGGAUCCCCGACCGCUGCCCCAGUGCCUCUUGGGAAAAGGCGGCUGGUUCUGCGGAAGGAGCAGAAUCCCCUUCCGAAGGUCCCCACUGUUCCCCCAAAGAGGAGGAAAGGGACGUUUCUGUGACGGAGUCGGACUCUGCGGAGCCUGCCGAGUCGCCAGAGGGACAGAACAGCCUGGAGGAGCCGGGCCCGGCCUGUGCUUCUGGGGCUGGAGAGAGAGACACUGUAGAGGCAGUGGUCUGUGGGGAACGCCCCGUUUCUGACACCAAAGCUAAUUCAGAAAGCGUAUCGAACGGCGGGACUGCGGGACGGAGCGAGGAGGACAGGCCGUCUGGGGACGAUGGGUGGGAACGGGAGGAAGACGAGGGAGGGGCGGGGCACGAGGGAACUUUUUUGGGGGACUCCCCCCAUGCGGAGGGCUCCCUCCCUAAUGGCCUGGACGCGGAGGAGCGGUCGCCCCAGACCCCCUCGUCGAAGGAGGACUUUGUGACGGAGGAGAAGGAGGUGGAGGAGAGCAAGCAGGAGUGCUUCGACCAGGCCCAGAGGCUGAACAACAGCAGCCUGCAGCCGGUGAGCGUGCCGUACGGCGGGGCCCGGCCCAAGCUGCCCGUGGGCCUGAAGCUCCAGAUCCCCCGCCCGCUCUCGGGCCAGGUCCAGAACCAGCUGGGCGCCUCCGGCAAGAACAAGAACCUGCAGGCCCAGAACCGCGCCUGCGGCAACGGUUACCGGGACGACCCGGGCGCGACCGGGGCCGACGGGGAGAGCACGGGGGGGUUCGAUCCGGGGGGAGGAGGGCCCCCCUCCCCCGCCGCCGGCCCGCACACGCCCCCGGAGAGCCCCGACAACGACCUGCAGGCGGGGCACCCGGGGGCCACGUCCAAAAAGCCCCCGGGCUCCCUGGGGGAGGUGGCCCCCGUGUGGGUGCCGGACUCUCAGGCCCCCGUCUGCAUGAAGUGCGAGGCGAAGUUCACCUUCACCAAGCGGAGACACCACUGCCGAGCCUGUGGCAAGGUGUUCUGCGCGGCCUGCUGCAGUCUGAAGUGCAGGCUGAUGUACAUGGACAGGAAGGAGGCCCGCGUGUGCGUCACCUGCCACUCGGCUCUGAUGAGCGCUCGGUCGUGGGAGAACAUGGUGAGCGGCUGUAACCAAAGCCCGAACCCCAACAACCCGGCGGAGUACUGCUCCACCAUCCCCCCCCUGCAGCAGGCCCAGGCCUCCGGGGCGCUCAGCUCCCCCCCGCCCACCGUCAUGGUGCCCGUCGGCGUCCUCAAGCACCCCGGCAACGACGGGUCUCUCCCGCGGGAACAGCGGAGGGUGUGGUUCGCCGACGGUAUCCUGCCCAACGGCGAAGUUGCCGACUCCUCUGACGCGCCUGACGGCAGCCCCGCCCCCCUCGGAAAUCCGGCAGCACCGCAGGAAUGUGGCAAACCACCUUCGGCCAACGCAGCAGAGCAGGCGGCCUCUGCGCCCUCUUCUCAGGGCCCUGGGGCUUCGAUGGGGAGUCCCGUGGGAAGCUCGGUCAACCUCGUCCCCAACGACGGGCUCCCGCCAAUCCUUAUCUCCACUGGCAUCAAAGGAGGUACGGGGAGCCAGCCCACAGACUACGCAGUGGAGGAGAGGCCCUCUGAAAUCCUGAUGAUGCAACAGCUGGAGGAGGGCGGUCCUGACCCCCUGGUCUUCGUCCUCAACGCCAACCUGCUGGCCAUGGUCAAGCUGGUCAACUACGUGAACAGGAAGUGCUGGUGCGUGACGACGAAGGGCAUGCACGCGGUGGGGCAGGCGGAGGUGGUGGUGCUCCUGCAGUGCCUGCCGGACGAGAAGAGCAUCCCCAAGGACAUCUUCAGCCACUUUGUGCAGCUCUACCAGGAGGCCCUGUCCGGAAAUGUGGUGAGCAACCUGGGCCACUCCUUCUUCAGCCAGAGUUUCCUGGGGAGCAAAGAGCACGGCGGCUUCCUGUACGUCAGCCCCACCUUCCAGUCCCUGCAGGACCUGCUGCUGCCCAACCCGCCCUACCUCUUCGGCAUCCUCAUCCAGAAGUGGGAGACCCCCUGGGCCAAGGUCUUCCCCCUCCGCCUCAUGCUGCGGCUGGGGGCGGAGUACAGAUUCUACCCCUGCCCGCUGUUCAGCGUGCGCUUCCGGAAGCCUCUUUUCGGAGAGACCGGCCACACCAUCAUGAACCUCCUGGCGGAUUUCCGGAACUACCAGUACACGUUGCCGAUGGUGACGGGACUAGUGAUAGACAUGGAGGUGCGGAAGACCUGCAUUAAGAUCCCCAGCAACCGCUAUGAUGAGCUGAUGAAGGCCAUGAACAAGUCCAACGAGCACGUGCUGGCCGUGGGGGCGUGCUUCAACGAGCGAGCCGACUCCCACCUCGUCUGCGUGCAGAACGACGACGGAAACUACCAGACCCAGGCCAUCAGCAUCCACAACCAGCCCCGCAAAGUUACGGGCGCCUGCUUCUUUGUGUUCAGUGGAGCUUUAAAAGCCUCAUCAGGAUACCUGGCCAAGACCAGCAUUGUGGAAGACGGAGUGAUGGUGCAGAUCACCGCGGAGACGAUGGACGCGUUGCGGCAGGCCUUGCGGGAGAUGAAGGACUUCAGCAUCGUCUGUGGGAAAGCCAACCAGGAGGACAGCCAGGAGCAGGUCCACAUUCAGUGGCUGGAGGACGACCGCAAUUUCAACAGGGGGGUAAUCAGUCCCAUUGAUGGAAAGUCCAUGGAGUCCAUCACCAGCAUAAAGAUCUUCCAUGGCUCAGAGUUCAAGGCCAACGGGAAGGUCAUUCGCUGGACAGAGGUGUUCUUCCUCCAGAGCGAGGACCAGCCCAGUGGUCUGAGCGACCCCGCGGACCACAGCCGCCUGACGGAGAACGUGGCGAGGGCGUUCUGCGUGGCACUGUGCCCGCACCUCAAGCUCCUGAAGGAGGACGGCUUGGCCAAGCUGGGGCUGCGUGUCACUCUGGACGCCGACCAGGUGGGGUACCUGGCAGGCAGCAACGGGCAGCCCCUGCUCCCUCAGUACAUGAAGGAGCUGGACAGCGCCCUGGUGCCCGUCAUCCACGGCGGGGCGUGCCAGCUCAGCGAGGGGCCCGUGGUGAUGGAGCUCGUCUUCUACAUCCUGGAGAACCUCUCCUAGGGAUAUAGACCCGCCCGCUGGGCCAGACUGCUCCCUCCCUCUCCCCCCGCCCGCCUCAUCCCACCAGCUCUCUCUCGCUCGCACUUCCAAAGGGCCUAAACGCCGUGGAGGAAAACGCUUCUCCAGGUCCUUCUAUGCACCGCGUCCAUCUUCCUCACAGGCUGGGGGGCGGGGGGUAGCGAGUUGGGCCGUGCAUAUCAGGGACCCCCCUGGGCUUCCUCCGAGAACGAGACCCUCCGUCAGCCGCCCACUCCCACUGGGCUUCCACACAACACCGCUGUCCUUCAGAACACCACCCCGGGUCUCAGUUCCCAUAAUUGCACCAAAGGGCCCGGCGGUUUGCACGCCGGUUAAGAACUGAGGCCCGAGAUCGUCUGGACACCUCUGUAGCACCCAAGGGCUGAUGGGACCUGUGGAACUCCCUACACCCCUUUAAAGGGACAGUCUCUUGCAACCAGGAUUUCUAAUUCUAUGGUUAAGGCAAAUGACAAAAAAAAUUAAUUUGUUUCAUUUCUGGUGCUCAUUGCCUGGUAGUCCUGGCAUUCAGGCUCAUCUCCUGGCUUUAUUAACAAAUCAUGAAAGGCUUUAUUUGGUGGGAGUGAGGAUUCCUUUCCAGGCAGCUCAUUGGCCCCCACAGCAAACCCCGCACCCAGCCUCUAGACGCUCGGACUGAAAGAUGUGCCCUGUUGUCCAAGGACUGCAGGACGGAGGGAAGCCUUUCAGAAGCUCAGCAUGAGCAUGCGCACAUUGGAGUUACCGUUACAGAUUUAGGUCACGUUUGAACCGCGGUUUGCGUACGCCGGCCGCGCUCGGUCGCACCGCGUCGGUCAAGGUCGAGGGACGUCACGACUGCCUCAGACGUCUCUUCUCUGAAACCGAAGUCCGGGAAAAAAAAAAGGUGUCCGCGUGUUUGUCUCCGCUGUCUCUCAGUUCCCUGGAGCAGCGAGUUGCUAAACACUGUGUUCUAAAGAGAUCCGCAUGGCUGUGAUGCAACGGAACCUUCUGCUCCUUCUCCUUUCAUAUGGGACUUCAGACCCACUCUGAGUCAGGGAACUGGGUCCUAGCACUUAAUAUUUAAACGAAAGACACAGCCUCAAGCAGAGGAGCUGGAACAAAAGUAUAAUGCCGUUUUGUUGGAUGCCAAGCCAUUAAAGAGGGCGAGGAACUAAAAGGAAAUGAGGUGGAGGAUAUGGGAGGCUUAUUUCUGUGGUUGUUUGAUUCUUUUGGAAUCUGUUCAUUAGUGGGGUCUCACUCCAGUAGCAGCAGGGGCAAAUCCUCACGGGUGUAAGGAAAUGAGCACUGUCCACCCUGCUGGUUUAGGAAGCCCUCGUCUGAUCUUCCUGUCACACGUUUGCCAAACCUUUCAAAUCUCACACCAGGCCCUAUGUCCUCACGCAGGGGGGUAGCUCCUAUCGGAUAGCUUCUGCAAGAGGUCAGAGUAAAUGUGCAAACGCAGUCAAAAUGUCGCAGAGAAAUCUGGGGACUUUGGUUGGAGCCGGUGGCAGCCAUUGUGCUCAAACAUCCCUCGAUAGCUCAGUGUCGCUACUGACACAGUAAAGCUGUCGUGUGCAGACCAUGCCAAGUCAUUUUUUAAGCUUCAGUGAAGCUUAAGGCAGUUAAAGGCUGCUUCCAGUUUACCGUUGUUUAAAUUGGGGUUGUACGGGAAUCAGCCACAAAAAUACCCGGGCAGUAGAAGGUUGGGGGAGGGCCCAUUUUGCUUGUGACCAUGGAUGUAUGAAUUGAUUUCCAGGAGGAAAUCCCUAAUAAAUCCCGAAUAAAUUCCUAGAUAUUUGAAGCACCUUUCCGUUAGCCAUUCAUCAUUAAGUAGCAUUUCAGUUGUCAUCAUCGCAUCAGUCAGUGGACAUGUGUUCCCAUGACACCUUGACGUGAAUGUAUUUGUUUCUGAAAUUAGAUAAUCGCAAUCAAAAAUAUUCUAUUUCAAUACAACAAAAAAACAUUUAAAAGGGAACAAAAUAUGCAAGCACGUAAAUCAGUUUUUGUUUUUUUAAGAAAAAAAAAAGUUUAGGUAAGGGAAGGGAAAUCUAGAAUACAAGAGGCAGGUCAAUUUGAAGGCACUGAAUCGAGCGGGAAGGGCAGAAAGUUAGACGACUACUUAUCCUGAUGAGGACCUCUAGCUACACACGACAGACUGCGCUCUGGAGAUUUGUACCUGCUUGUGGCUGGUCUAGGCUGUUACACAUACCAGUACUGUGAUUUAAGGGCCUGGGAAGGUGACCUUAUAGGAAGCUCUCCUAACCUCUGGCCUCGGGGUGGGGGGGGGUUUGGGACUCGUACAGUUGGGUAAAGCCUGCUCCUCACCUCUUUCCUCCAGCCGUACGGUGCGGCUGUGUUUACACGCCCGAUGUAGCUUUUCGCGGGCUUCUCCCUUUCGCUCCCGAGUUUGGCGCGGUCGCUGCCGCCACCGCCGCGCGCGGGACGGACUGCUUUAAGAGACUUUUUUCCGGAACGCAUCGCUGCAUUGCCACAGAGCCAGAAUGGAACUCUGUGUGUGGCCAAGCCUGACAAACGUUCUGCAGAUACGCAGUGUUUCCGCAUUUCUGCUUAAAUAUUGGGAAACUGAGGAAAGCCUUGUACAAAAAAAAAAAAAUGUUGGAAAUUAGCAGGAUACAUUGAAUUACAAAGACAAAAUUAACAAAUGUAUUUAAAGCCAAAAACUGUACAUCCUUUCUUUAAUGUACACUACAAUGUCAAUAAGAGCAGUCUUCUUUAUUGAAAACUGUAGUAUCUGUAUAAUAAAACUUAUAGAAAAUGGAA